GUGAUAAUAGUUGUGUUUACAGUUCACUGUCAAGUCAAAGCUUUCGUGAAAUUCUUGUGGAAAGGAAAACUUGUUGAACUUUCGAAACUUAAAUUGUCCAAUUACUCUCGAGCAGGAACUUAUUCUUUUAAAAAUGCUCUACGCUGAUUAAAAAUUGUGCUGUAUUAUGUGAUACUUUAUACAUAGCCAAACGAAUGAUAUCGUCGGCCAUAUUACAUUCUCAUCCAUUCAUUUGUUUCUUUAUGGGACACUCAUCAUCAAUUAGUGUUAAUUAUUGAAACAUAUCGUGCGAUGUCUAUCCAGAACUUAUUCCACAGAUUUUUCUUCAUUUUCACUUAACUAUGGACUUUUCCUCGGAGUGAGUACCUUGUCAGUCAUGGCAUGCUGGAUGCCCCAACUGUGUCGCAUAUGAUAAGUAUUAAUUUCUGCUCUUAAAACUUAAUUCUCAAUUCUGUUGUUUGCUUUCUGGGAGUUCAGAAAAACUAAUGAACUCUAAACAGCCGAAAAUGCCUGCCUUGAAGGAUGCCAACAUCGUCAAAAUCGCGGUUGAAAUGGACGACCAAGUCCCUCAACUGAUCGAAUUCAAUCAGAAACAACCUCUGGCUGCAACAAUUUUGGAGUUGUGUAAUGCUUGGGAUCUUCCAGAUGCGAGUUUGUAUGCUCUUCAGUUUUCGGAAAAUAAUUAUCAAAAUUAUAUAACGGAGAAAAAUCGGAACGAAAUCAAGAACGGCUCAGUUCUCAAAUUGACUUUCUCUCCAUCCAAGACAGCGCAUGAUAUUCUCCACAAGCUCAACACGGGGACCAAUGAAGAGAAAGUUCAAGCUUUGCAGAAAUUAUCAAAACUGAGCAUUGAUACUACCUUUGCUCACGAAUUCAUAUCGAAACAAGGUUUACAGUUGAUCGUCAGCAUGAUCGAAGGCGGCAAGUGCAAAGGCGCAGUUCUUGCGUAUUCUCUAGUCUCUUUUGUCGAGUUAAUGUACCAUGGGAUAGUAUUUUGGGACAUUUUAGAGUGCCCUUUCAUUCAGACUGUGGCCAGUUACGUUAACAACCAGUCAGCGGAUGCUCAAGAUCAUAAAAUUGUUCAAGCCUCUUUGUCCAUCCUGGAAAGCAUAGUUUUGAACGGCAAUGCAAAGAAAUAUGAGCUAGUUGAAAAGGAAGUUACUUUCCCUAAUUUAGUAGCUCACCUACACAAUUCAAAUCCAGUUGUUCAGCAGAAUGCAAUGGCUUUGAUUAAUGCCCUGUUCCUGAAAGCGGAUUUGGCCAAGCGGAGAGCAGUUUCAGCGACACUGUGCUCAAAACAAGUUCGGAAUAUCAUUCUCAGCAACAUUAUCCAGCCCUCAACUGAACAGAUUGGCGCUGAGAUGGCACAUCAGUUAUAUGUAUUACAAACGCUUUCAUUGAGUCUACUAGAACAAAGAAUGAACUCAAAAAUGGACCCUCAGGAUCAAGAUGCUCAUGAAAAAAUUAAGGAGCUGAGAAAAAUUGCGUUUGAAACGGACAGUAAUGCAGGCAAUGACUCUGCUGUUCGAAGACAACUGGGAGUUUUUGCCAAAGAUUACAAAAAACUAGGGUUUAAGUGUGAUAUCAAUCCAGCGCAAGAUUUUAUGGAAACGCCCCCAGGCAUGCUGGCUCUUGACUGCAUGGUGUACUUUGCGCGCACCCACACAGAAAGUUACACAAAGGUUGUCCUAGAAAACUCGUGCCGAGCAGAUGAGCAUGAAUGUCCUUUUGGACGAACUUCAGUUGAACUGGUCAGAUUGCUUUGCGAGAUCCUUCGAAUCGGAGAACAGCCUUCGGAACAAGCCACAACGUUCCACCCUAUGUUCUUCACUCAUGACCAUCCUUUCUACGAGUUUUACUGUAUAUGCAUUGUGCUUCUGAAUAAAACAUGGAAAGAGAUGCGUGCUACUAUAGAAGAUUUUGUAAAGGUGUUCAGUGUAGUUAGAGAGCAAAUCACGCGAGCUUUAGCAUGCCAGCCUACCAGCAUGGAGAAAUUCAAAGCCAAACUACAGUUAUUGACUUACUCAGAAAUCACAAAUCUUUGGCAGCAGGAGAGAACAACGCGCGAGGAAUGGGAAAGCCACGCUCAGCCGAUAGUAGAGCUUAAAGAAAUAAUCAUGCCUGAAAUCCUGGAUCUUAUCCAGAGAAACAGGAUAGGUUAUUUAGUCGAGGGAACUAGGUUUACUAAAUAUUCCCCCCGCGGACAGCGUGUCAAAGAUAAGUUUUGGUACGUGUGCCUGUCACCUAAUCACAAGGUGUUCCAUUAUGGUGACUGUGAUGAGAAAAGUGUUCCAACGAUAGAAGAAUUACCCAACAAACUAGAUGUGGUUGAUAUCAAGGCCCUUAUAACUGGGAAGGAUUGCCCUCACAUGAGGGAUAAAGGGCGCAAAACUACACCGCAACUUGCUUUUUCUUUAUCUCUGGAUUCGGUCGAAAUGACAACUCUAGACUUUGUUGCUCCUGACGACCAAGUAUAUGGAUAUUGGACUGAUGGCAUAAAUGCUCUUUUAGGUAAUAAAAUGACGAGUAAAGAAACGGAAAAUGACUUGGACACAUUAUUAUCCAUGGAAAUAAAGCUACGUUUACUAGAUGCGGAGGGGAUUAUUAUUCCUCAAGAGCCUCCGCCCGUACCCGCUGAUCCUCCCAACUAUGACUUUUGUCACGACAUGAAAUAAUUAAUUGGAUUCUUAGUUUGACCCAAAGCUAAGUGUAAAAAUAUUGUUUUUGAUCAGCAUGAGGUUCUACCUAAAUUGAAAGACAGUGUGCGGCAUGUUCCUUUCAAUCUUUUUCUGGUAAGCUCUCUAAUGCAGUCCUCCUUCUGUGUCAUGCCUACGAUUCAUUGUACAGUCCUCUUGCAAAGAAAUAAUGAAUGAUUGCCAACACAGGAGAAGAUAGGGAAGAAUAUUGUGUCUAUCAUUAGAGAAUAGUAUGGAUACACUGAAAAAGUACGGAUGUCGAAAGGUCCGUGCAGAAGUAUGGAGAACGUAUGGAUGUUUUUGCUUAAAAGUGAUUCAAAAUUUUUGCGAUAAACCUAGAGGUACCUUGGAGGUACGCGAUUUUUAUACAUAAUUUUUUUAUAUUACGUUCCUGCAAAUUCUCAGUUAGAUUCUGGGUUAUUCAGUUCAUUCCUUUACAAUUCUUACAUCUAACUCUGCUAAUCUGAAUGUGCUUAUCUUUUGCAAAAAUCUGUCCUUGCCAGUAUUCAAAAGGUUUGUCAAGGGAGAAAAAAAGCGUGAAAAAGGCAAGGAAAAAGCAAAGAUUUUAGGAAACCUUGGUAAAGAGGAAUUUUUGGGACGUAUAAAAAAGUAGGGAUUUUAGAAAAUACUUACCCAUAGGCACCCUGCAAGAACAGAUACGUCAAAGCGAUUUUCACGUCUCUGUUAAUAAAGUCUGUUUGCGUCUGAAAAUAAUGCGUUUCUGCACAUGAAUAUCGCUGCUUUUGUUUGUGGAACCAAAAUAAGCUUCAGCAUAGAAUAGGUACCCUCAUGAAUUUUUAUCAUAAUGUAUUAAAGCUGUUCACCCCUUACUGCGUUGCUUCGCUCUUCCAUUGGGUUCUAAUAAUCAAAAUUAAGUUUUACAGAUCCUCAACUUUCUUUUGAACAAAUAAUGUUUAAAGCUUUUAAAGUAUGUAUUGGUUUCAUCUGCAAUACUUUCCUUUCUAUGAAACAUUCCACAGUUGGCACUCUUCCUUCGUAGUGGAGUUCAAAGAAUUUUUUACAUUAUAAACCUCAUCUAGCCAACUUUUUGAUGAAUGUUUGGUUUGUUUAUUACAAUAGGUGACUGCCCAUGGGAGGCAGUCUUUUUAGCAGAGCAGUUUUUGACAAGUUGAGUCGAAAAAUUGGAAUCUGAGUCAACAGAAAACUUUCCAUAGUGUCCUAAAGAAUGAGAUGGAUGUGGGAAAUAAUUUUAGGGCCACUUAAGGGCACUAGGUUGCAUUUAAAUCCACUAAUUUUCUGUCCUUAAAAUGGCAGAAUACAAUUUUCAACUGCUUUUACUCGAAACUAUGUUUUUUGAACACCAUGAUCUACAAACCACUUUAACUUUGGUUUAAAUUUAGAUUUUUGGGUGUUUUAUGUCCCAAAAUUUUCAUAGACUCUCCUCUAUAAUCUGGUUUAGAUAACUCUGUUUUGAAUUUUUGUGGACUGAGGUUCUCUUUCCUGUGGACGGUCACAUUUGGA